GCGGUGUUUAGGGGAGGUGGAUGAGGUUCAGCAAGGUACAAGACUGCGCCACUAGACUUCAUGGCACAGGGAUCAGCGGGUGCUGUAGUGCGUAUGGGUACACCUGUGCUUAAGAUUCUGAAUUUCUGCUUAUUUGGCAAUGCAACAAACGUGGGAAAAGAUAAUUUAUAUUCUGACAGCAAGGACAUGGUCAAACAAAGUGCCACUCUCAGUCAUUACGAGUCACGGGUAAACGGCAAGAAACAAAAAAUGGACACUCAGUUAUUCUCCCCGUUGUUAGGAGGGAUCACAAAUACACCACCACCUCUGGAAUCAUCCCGGUUAUAUACUAAUUGGUCUGUGUGUGGAGAUGAAACCAGCACAGCAACUUCUUUACAAGACUGCACAAAAAAACGGGCACAGAUAAAUCUGUCUUACUCUGGCAAUGGCCCAGAUAUGUUUGGGUUAGUGUCAAGCAUCCUAGAGGAGCCAAACAAGCCAGAACCAAUUACAGAUUGGAAUUCUCUGUCGAGAUUGUUUCCCCCUAUGUGGGCAUCUGAUAUUGGAAACAAUGGUGACUUCUCAGAAUUAAAGAUGGCACUGGUAUUCAGAAAGAGUAUUGGGAAAUUGACAGAGCAAGAGGAAAGCUUAUGAAAAAUGACAAACAAGAACAAGCA